CUCGCUCCUAAACAAAAGCACAAAACAAGUUUACCCAUGCGACCCAGGAUGGACAAUAAAAGUAAAAUAGUAACAAAUGGAUGGAGCGCUCACCUCUUUCCACUCGACACCAUGCAGGAAAGAGAGCGGAAGAGGUGCGCGACCCCUCUUUAUACCCGGCUACCAACAAAGAAAAGCAUGGCUCAGCUGCGAGCCCUAGUGGAAUGGAGGUAUCCCUGACCAGGCAUGUGAAUUAACUUGCACAUGAACCAAAACAUUUUGUGUUAUUAUUACAUCCCGGUUACAUUCUGUGUAAUUAUUACAUCCCGGUUACAUUCUGUGUAAUUAUUACAUCCCGGUUACAUUUUGUGUAAUUAUUACAUCCCGGUUACAUUCUGUGUAAUUAUUAUACCCCGGUUACAGGAGCAGUGCUCAUCACUGAACACAUUGCUACAGCUAGCCUGUUUCAAUACUCAUCUAUCUUCUGCGCUCUUAAUUCUGGUGCUCAGCCAGCCUCGAAGCCUGGAAUUGAGGAGAAAAAGCGUUAAUUAACAGCAAGCCAGCGAUCAGCAUGAGACUUUCUUUAAGUUUGCAUCAACUCUCUGAAUGAUCCCAGGCCAGCUAAUGUGCACUGAACCACAAGUGGAGCUCAUUUUGUCUUUUUAAAGGCACAAAUUUGUCUCUUCCAUUUGAAAUAAAUGCACUGCACAUGUUCCACAUGGAACACUAUCAUCCCCACCAUCACUCUGUUCUCUUUCACUUUCCCUGCCCUCCCUCGCUGCAUCUCUACCCCAGGCCCGUGGGAAGAACUGACUCUGGGAGCAGAUAGUCUGCAGCCCUGAAUAAAUGUAUAAGAGGUAGAAGGGGAAGGGAGGGCACAUUAGCAGGCAGAGAGAGAGCAGGUGGGGGGUGGGGGUGGGGGGGACAACAUAUUGACUGUUGGACGACAUACUUGCACAGUGUACAGAAAGCGAGUUACACAAAGAGAAAUAUUCAAGGAGAGAGGAGGAAAAUAGUUCAGCUUAUAGGACUGAGGAAGGAGACAGAGCGUAUGAGCUGCCUUCCACCUUCUCUCCCUCUCCUCCAAGCAUAAACACAUGCUUAUACACACUCCCACCCUUUCUCCUAGACACACACACACACACACACACACACACACACACAUGCAUGCCUGCAUGCAAACGCACACAUACUGACACACACAAUUGCUUUAGGGUAUACCGGUCGGCUUUGGCAGUCCUCUCCUUUGUUGUUUUUGCUAUUGGUUAGUCUCAGCGGCAGCACGGCGUGUGCCUCUAUUGCUGGGGUGGGUGCAUGUGUAUGUGUGUGGAGUCUGCGAGGCAGUGUGUGAAGGAUGCCACUAGCAGUAUCCGGAAAAUGAGUUUGGAGGAGAUGUGGUGAGCCGUUCUUCUCCAGCUGAACAUCAGUAGGUCACAGUGGAAGCAGAGGUCUGGACCAAAGAGCUGUCUCAACCGCGAACCAUUUCAGAUGGAGGUGGAUGCAGACGAUAAGCGUCAUCGCACACGCUCCAAAGUGCCUGUGGAUCCAGCAUUAACAGAGCUUUUCAGUGUGUAUGGCUGCCCUGUGGCCAAGAAGAGAAUGAGUCUAGACAGACAAACCCUGGAAACAUCCCCCAAGAGGAGCACCUACCUUGAUGAUAUGGACAACUCCACAAUGGAGGAGUGCUACGAGACAGACGGAACUGAGGAGAUGGAUGACAGGGAGGAAGAGGAGGAUGAAGGAGCUGUAGAGGAGGAGGAAGAAGGAGAAGUGGAGGAGGAGGAGGAGGACAUGGAAGGCUACAUGGACUACAAUGUAGAACAAAUGGAGCAUGAAGACGGGGAGGUGGAGAGAGGGGAUGCAGAGGGGGAAGAGGAAGAGGAAGAAGAGGAGGUAGAGGUGGAGCAAGAAGAGGAGGAGGAGGGUGAUGAGGAGAGGGUGGAGGAGGCAGAGGAAGACGAGGAAGCGGUAGAGGAGGUGGACUAUGAAGAGGGAGAAGAGGAGGAAGGAGAGCAGGGUCAAAGGGCAGCAGAGGACGAUCAGAUGAGCAGCAGCGAGGGGGGCGAGGGCGAUGGUGGAGGUGGUUGUAACAACGCCAAACCUGGCCUGAUGAUGGAGAAGGAUGACAACAACAACGAUGAGUAUGAAAACUAUGAUGAACUUGUAGCCAAGUCCCUCCUCAACCUCGGCAAGAUUGCAGAAGAUGCUGCCAACAGAGCCAUGACGGAAUCUGAGAUGAACAGCAACUUGUCUCACAGUGCCGAGGAAGAAGAGGAGGAGGAGGAAGAGGAAGAGGAGGAGGAAGAAGAGGAGGGGGAUGAAGAAGAGGAGGAAGAGGAAGAAGAGGAGGAGGAAGAGGAGGAAGAAGAGUUGGAAGGGGAUGAAACACAAAGGGGUGAUCUAAGUUUGGAUGUGGACAGUGAUGUGGUUCGGGAGACAGUGGACUCCCUCAAACUGCUGGCCCAAGGUCAUGGUGCAGUGCUGUCGGACAAUUUAGAUGGACAGGAGUUUGAGGAUGGUACAGCCGAGAACAGGGAGGAGGCUGACUGUGCCCACAAUGGGGGAAAUGCACACAGCGGUGGUAACGGACAACUUAAAACCAACAUUAAUGGACAAAUAGAAAACAGCGAUGAGGAAGUGUGUUUAAGCAGUCUGGAGUGCCUACGAAACCAGUGCUUUGACCUGGCUCGGAAACUAAGUGAAACAAAGUCUGCUGACCGAAAUGGACCAUCCCAGCAAAAUCAUUUCUUAUGCGGGGAUCCCAAUCAACAGACCCAGCACCAUGGGUAUGGGGAUUUCCACCACAGCCAGGACAACACACGGACACUUGAUAGGAACUAUUCCGACAUGGACAAUCUGAUGAAGCUCGAGGAGCAGCUGAGCCCACGCUCCAAAACUUUCUCCAGUUGUGCACAGGAUGACAGAUAUCAUAGCAACCACCUGGACUUUGAUGAGGACACCGCGUCAGUGACAUCAGACCCAUCGGAAGAAGUGUUUGACAUGACAAAGGGUAACCUGUCACUUUUGGAGAAGGCCAUUGCACUAGAGUCAGAACGCGCCAAGGCAAUGCGAGAUAAAAUAGCGGCUGAGGCUGCCAGGAGAGAUGGAGUGAGGUAUAACCAUGAAGACCAUGGCCCACGGCAUAGCUAUGGUGUUGAGCGUAAAGCCCGACUUCCUGAUGGUAUGAAGAAGCCUUUUUACCAUAAAGAUGUUUCACGUGCAGACAAGAAGGAAAGCCGGUGUCCAACACCGGGCUGUGACGGCACGGGUCAUGUGACGGGCUUGUACCCACAUCAUCGGAGUCUGUCCGGCUGUCCGCACAAAGACAGGGUGCCGCCAGAAAUUGUGGCUAUGUAUGAGAAUGUUCUUAAGUGUCCUACGCCUGGCUGCACAGGACGCGGCCAUGUCAAUAGCAACAGAAACUCCCACAGAAGUUUGUCAGGAUGUCCCAUCGCUGCAGCCGAGAAGUUGGCCAAAGCCCAGGAGAAGCAUCAGAGCUGUGACGGCCCCAAGUCCAAUCAGGCCUCUGACCGAGUCUUAAGGCCUAUGUGCUUUGUCAAACAACUGGACUAUCCACAGUAUGGUUACAAGAACAAUGUUUCCACCAGCACGCCGCGCUCCAACCUGGCCAAGGAGCUGGAGAAGUACUCCAAGACCAGCUUCGACUACAGCGCCUUUGAUGGCAGCAACAACCACCAAGUGUACGGGAAACGGGCCAUCGCACCCAAAGUCCAUGGACAAAGGGACACCUCCCCGAAAGGAUAUGACGCCAAACGUUACUGCAAGAACUCCAGCUCAGCCAGCAGCACCACCAGCACCUACGCCCCCAGCAGUAGCAGCAGCAGCCUGAGCUGUGGUGGUGGAGGAGGGGACACAGGAGGAGGAGGCGGGGGCGGGGGCAGCAGCGCCAGCAGCACCUGCAGCAAGAGCAGCUUUGACUACAGUCACGACAUGGAGGCCGCCCACAUGGCAGCCACGGCCAUCCUCAACCUGUCCACGCGCUGCAGGGAGAUGCCCCACAGCAUGGGCGGGAAACGCCAGGACCUGUGCUCACAGAGUCCCGGUCUAGAUGUUGAUGAGAAUGGUACAUUGGACCUGAGAAGAGCAAGCGUCUGUGUGGCGGCGGUGGCGGUGGAAGACCCCCCGCGGGGGAAAGCCGCUCUGCUGGGCCCCCGCUGCUACGGCAUUGGGGACGCCGCCGACUGCUGGGACCUGCCAGUAGACUACACCAAGAUCAAACACAUAGACGAGGACGAGAAAGAGCCGGAUGAGCUGGAUCCUUUCCAUGACCUGCUGGAGGACCGCUCCUACACCACAGAUGUUAACAUGCCCACCACCAAGCCCAAGUACGUCCAGUGCAAGGAGAGUAAGAAGGACCUGAUAACUCUCUCAGGUUGCCCUUUAGCUGAUAAAAGCAUUCGAAGUAUGCUGGCCAACAACGCGCAAGAGCUCAAGUGCCCAACACCAGGGUGCGAUGGUUCAGGACAUAUCACUGGCAACUACGCCUCACACAGAAGUCUCUCAGGGUGUCCGCGGGCCAGGAGAAGUGGGAUAAAGAUCAUCCACAGUAAAGAGAACAAAGAAGACCAGGAGCCUAUCAGGUGUCCAGUCCCAGGUUGUGAUGGUCAGGGACAUGUGACAGGGAAGUAUGCCUCCCACAGAAGUGCAUCAGGAUGUCCAAUAGCAGCCAAGAGACAAAAGGAUGGCUAUCUAAACGGCAUUCAGUUCACAUGGAAGUCCGGCAAGACGGAAGGCAUGUCCUGCCCCACGCCAGGCUGUGAUGGCUCUGGUCACGUCAGCGGCAGCUUCCUGACACAUCGGAGUUUGUCGGGUUGUCCACGUGCCACCUCCGCCAUGAGAAAAGCCCGGCUCUCCGGAGUGGAAAUGCUAACGAUAAAGCAGCAACGUACCAGCAACGGGCUAGAGCAUGAAGAGGAGAUCAAACAGCUGGAUGAAGAAAUCAAAGAUUUAAGUGAAUCGAAUUCACAAGUGGAAGCAGACAUGAUCAAACUUCGAACACAGAUUACAACAAUGGAGUCCAACCUGAAGUCAAUAGAGGAGGAAAACAAGGUGAUUGAACAGCAAAAUGAAUCUCUCCUGCAUGAGCUGGCCAACCUCAGCCAGUCACUGAUAAACAGUUUAGCUAAUGUCCAGCUCCCUAAUAUGAAACCACUGACACACAAGGAGCCUCCUCUAAGGAAUAACAGCUGUUUACAGAUGCACCAGCAAGAGCCAAUAAGUGAGCAGAACUUUGACGCCUACGUGACCACUCUGACGGAUAUGUAUGCAAACCAAGACCAGUACCAGAGCCCAGAAAACAAAGCUCUGUUGGAAAAUAUCAAGCAAGCUGUUCAAGGGAUCCAAGUGUAACCAUUCAGCAAAGGGAGAUUUUUGUUCCCCCAGCAGGUGUGUGGAUGGUGUAUCACAUCCACACACAAACAGGCAGUGGUGGUUUGAUCUCCUCGGUUCAGUGCAGUAACUUAUAUAGUGUUACCUAUUCUCAAUUUUGUUCUCUCCAAAAAAGAGGUAUUACGCUUAGAAAGAUCUCAAGAUCAUUUUUUUCUUUUCCUUUUGCUUUGAGGAAGAACAUGAAAGAGUAAACCACAAAAUAGUUUUUGAGGACAUUCACAUUUUGUACGUUUUCAUAUGAGCUGACAUAGUGUCAUGUAAUGUUUCUAGCUGCUCAUGUAUGCACAUUUGUAGUGUAUAUUUCUGAACAGUAAGCUAACAAUAACGGAACGCAAGUUCUUUUUAUUGCUUGACAAUAAAACAUUUUAGAUGAAAAAACUGGACAGUGAAAUAAAAAUGAAAAAACUACAAACAAGAAGGAAGCUACUUGUUUUUCUCCUCGCGGAUGAUUUUGGACUUGAUGAUUUUAGAUGUUUUUUUUAAAUUUCUUCUUCUUCAUCAUCAUCUUCGUCUUGCGUGUAGAUUGUUCAAGAGCAAGAACUGGUUUGCAAAUUGCUUUAUUUUCAGACAGUGCUUGAGAAAUGUUUGUGUUUUGUUUUGAUGAAAAAAAAAAAGAUCUGUAGCUGUAGGUGGGGGCAUCUUUAAUUGGUGCUGUAAAUGAACCCAGAGAGGGAACUGACCUGGUGUAUGUAUGAAUGUAUGUAUGAACAGUCCUAUUGUAAACAUCAUUACACGGAAACCUGAUGGUGGAUAUCCCAUUAUCUAGGAGGGCCAAUUAAUUCCUAGAGGAACACAUCUGUGCGGUGCAUGCAUGUUCACAUGCUUAUCCUUAACUAAUCUCAAAUAGAAAUGAUGUGUAAAGACAAUGACCUAUAGAGAUACGUAAUGUUCUAGUAUCAAUUUUGAGACUUGUGUUGCUAGGAUCAAAUAAUGUCUCAGCAAUAUAAUAAUUAAAUCAUUUGUUUAUCAGGUACGGGAUGCAAUCUGCAAAGGGAAAAAAGGUUGGGUAUAUGCAAUUUCUUGUUUAUAAGCAUAGUGGGAUAACAUGAAUCUUUUUAAUAUAGCCUAUGUAAAGUAUUGAUUUUUAUACAAAUCUUUUAAUACAAAAAGUCUUUUUAAAAAAGAGGGGGGAACCAGGACAUUGAGUUUUAGAAGCGAAAGUAUAUGAGUUUUUUUUUUUUCUGUACAAUUUUGCACAGGGACACCUUCGUUUCCAUGUUUUGAUGUUCUUACAGAAGCUAGAAGCAGUACCCAAGAGCCUAAAAGGAGGGUUUCUGAGGGUUUUGUAAAGAGUAUUUAUGUAUGACAGCGGGACUUACAGGGUCACUGUCCCCACUUAUGUGCCAGUAGACUAUUUGCACUUGUCCUUGAAGAUAUUAUCCUUACGUACGGCGACGUGCAAUUUUCCAGGUGACUUCUUUGGCACACGAUUGGAGUAGCCAACUGCUCGGAGCCACUGCAGGUGUGGAUUUAGCACCACUGAGAGAGGAAGAACAGGGACUUGAAAUCAGAGAAGAAGAUGAUUAUUACCAUAGCAGUUAUACUCUAGGCUAUUAUUGAGUGUAAAAACAUUAACAAUGCUCUUUCAUUUUUGCUCUGUUUUAGGAAGAUGAAGUUAUCCCCCAGCAGCACUUUAUAUCUAAUCACUGUACAAAGGAUUAAAUAGUCAAUCAAUUCAAGGUUUUAAAAAAAAGCAGAAAAUGAAGGCCUCCUGAAACCUUCAGGGGGGUGAUACAAUCCAGCAUCACGCCCGUAUGCCUGACUGUAUGUACCCCUUCAUUCUGUUGUUCUAGUUGUUAGCGAUCAUGUUCAGAUUUUGCCUUUUUGAGAGCUAAUGCAAAAGGUGCUUGUCGCUCACCUGACUGAAUCUCAUCUAUUGUACUUUACUGUCCUCCUUCAGGACUCUGCUAUCCAUCAUCCAUGACUGCAUAUGCCUUCUUCCACAGCAUCGUGUCUGCAGCUUUUCGCCAAUAUAGUAAUGCUUCAGUAGAGUAAUAGCUAGUACCAGUUUUUGAAUUAAUUCUCAUUAUCAGUAAAAAUGGAAAAGGGAUUUUAAAGCACAAACCGGCUGCUCAUAUGAUGUUGGUACGUAAAUAGCAAAUCUGAAAAGAUUUAUCUGUGACUAUCUAUAGGGAACACAAAAAGGUUGUCACAUAUUUAGAAUGCUGACUUUUCAUAUAAAUUAUUGUGAAUUCAUCAGAGUUUAUUAUUUUGUUUGAGCCACUUCAUUUUGAGGUUGAUUUCAGUGACCAUUAACAAAGACAGGAUUUUGUAAAAAUUAUUGUGCUCUCUGUGGAACUGAAGUUUGAUUUAUUUUUGUACUACACAGCAUGGAUUUGUUGACAUUUUAAUUUUGCUAUAAAUGUGUGAGAUCACAAGUUGCUGUGAUAUUUCAUUUAUAAAUUGUGAACUUUGUACAAUUUUUGUCAUGCUGGAUGUUGACACAUCUUACUCUGAAUAAAGAAAAAAUG